AUGCUUGCCUCUAUCGGCGAAGCGCACAGUGCUUACAAUACGGUCAAGCUGCUCCACCAAAAUGGACUUCCGGCCCGCUUUGUCGAUCUAACCGGCUGGAAACAAGAGCAGUCGCUCCCGGUUGAUCAGAUGAUCGAGCAGCACUUUAAACCGUUAGAUCCCAGCAAAGAACUGUUAAUUGUCACCGGCUAUACCCACUGUGAAGAACAGCUCAUGCGUACAUUUGAUCGCGGCUACAGUGAGAUGACCUUUGCCAAGAUCGCCGCCCUAACCAACGCAAGAGAAGCGGUGAUCCAUAAAGAGUUUCACUUAAGCAGUGCCGACCCCAAAUUA